CGCAGCUGGAGAGGACUCAGCUAUGGCUGCGCACCAGGCGCGGGGACCCCGGAGGCUGGGCGCGCUGCUGCUCCUGAUCUGCUUUCACCUUGGACAUGGACUUCAUUUAGAGGUUUUACAUACAAGUAAUGAAAAUGAUCAGAUCUCUCAACAAAGGUACUUACACCGACAAAAGCGAGAGUGGACCACUGCUCCUGUGGCCCUUAGGGAAGGGGAGGACCUCUCAAAGAGGAAUCCAAUUGCCAAAAUACAUUCAGAUAUUGCCGAGGAAAAAAACAUAAAAGUUACAUAUCGUUACACUGGACCAGGGAUUACAGAACAACCUUUUAAUGUAUUUGUCUUUGAUAAAAAUACUGGUGAUUUAAAUGUUACAAAGAUUCUUGACCGAGAAGAAGUUCCAAUGUAUAUACUGACAGCCUAUGCUUUGGAUGAGAGGGGGAACCAGGUGGAAAGGCCACUAGAGUUGCGAAUUAAGGUUCUUGAUAUAAAUGAUAAUGAGCCUAUUUUCACCAAAAAUGUCUUUUAUGGGUCUGUUGAAGAACUAAGCGCAGCAAAUACACUUGUGAUGAAAGUUAGUGCAACAGAUGCUGAUGAGAAAGGUCAUAUCAAUUCCAAAAUUUCUUAUAAGAUUGUCUCUCAGGAGCCUGCCCAGCCUUUUGUCUUCUUCCUUGAUAAAGACAAAGGAGAGAUUCUAACAACAGCAUUUAUUCUGGAUAGAGAGAAACAAAGCCACUACAGUCUGAUUGUCGCAGCAACUGAUGGAAAUGGACAAAAAACAGACAAGCCAGUGAAUCAAGCCACAGUACAAAUUAAAAUUUUAGAUGUCAAUGACAAUAUACCUGUGACUGAAUCUGAGACAUAUGCGGUAACGAUUAAAGAAAAUCAAGCAAACGUGCAAGUCAUGCGUAUAAAAGUAACUGACUUGGAUGAAGUAGGCUCGGAUAAUUGGCUGGCAAAUUUUACAUUCGUUUCAGGAAAUGAAGGGGGUUAUUUUCGUGUAGAAACAGAUACUCAAACAAAUGAAGGAAUUGUGACUCUUAUUAAGGAAGUGGAUUAUGAAGUAAUGAAGACUCUUGACUUGAAGAUGAUUGUCACCAACAAAGCACCAUUUCACAAAUCAAUUAGAAAUAAGUUUGUAGCAAAACCCAUUCCUAUCAAGGUCAAAGUGACAAAUGUUGUGGAGGGUAUUUAUUUUAAAAGCAAAAAAAUCAUGAUCCAAAUCAGUGAACAUAUGGAGAGGUCAGAAAUAGGCAAAACUAUUGGAAGAUUUCAAGCCUACGAUGAGGACACUGGACAAGUAGCCCAAGUAACGUAUGUUAAAGGAGAAGAUGUCGACAAUUGGAUCACAGUGGAUUCAAUCACAUCUGAAAUCAAACUUGCUAAAAUUCCUGAUUAUGAAUCUAAAUAUGUCAUUAAUGGCACUUACUUUGCAAAGAUCUUGGCUAUAACUAAAGAUGUUCCUAGAAAGACAGUCACUGGCACCAUUGAAAUCGUGGUAAAAGAUUUUAAUGAUAACUGUCCAGAACUCAUAAAUCCAGUACAGACUAUCUGUGAUGAUUCAGAGUAUGUGAAUGUUACUGCUAAGGACUUAGAUGGUUAUCCAAAUAGUUCACCUUUCAGAUUUACUGUCAUUGAUGAACCGCCUGGAAUGGCAGAGAAUUGGUACUUUGGACACCAAGAAGAUACAAGCGCAUGGUUGAUACCAAGAAAAUUGAAAGUGGGCAGAAGUGAAAUCCACUUGUCAGUGAGUGAUAAUCAAGGAUUAAACUGUCCUGAAAAGCAGAUCCUUGCAUUGACAGUUUGCAGCUGUGUGAGUGGUAGUGGCUGUGUUCAACCACUGGCCGACCCCUAUGUGGGGCUGGGGGCUGGAGCAAUUUGGCUCAUGAUUUUCGCACUUCUUCUGUUGCUACUUGUACCCCUCUUACUGCUUCUGUGUCACUGUGGAGGAGCAGGAGGAGGAGCCAAAGGCUUCACAGCCAUACCUGAUACUGUAGAGAUGCUGCAUCCAUGGAACAAUGAAGGGGCGCCGCCUGAAGACAAGGUCGUGACAUCUCUCGUGACAACAGAUCGUGGGGGAAAUUUUGGAGUACCUGCCGGAGGAGGAAAUAGAACAGGAGUCAUGACAGGCAGUGAAACAACUAGGAGGGAAAGUAGCUCUGGCCAUCGUACUGUGACUGUGGUAGAUGGAGUAUGGGAAGAGCACAGAAGCCUUCUGAACAGUAGAAUUAAAAGAACUGUGGGAGCAGUUGGAGCUGUGAGUGGUGCGGCAACGAUGGGGGCAGCUGGAGUCAUGGGGACUGACGGAUCCAGGGCAACCACUGUUGCGCUGAAUGAAGAAUUUCUGAGAAGCUACUUCAGUGAGAAAGCUGCUUCCUAUGCUGACAGUGAUGAAAUUCAAACAGGGAAAGACUGUCUCCUAGUUUAUUCUCAGGAAGAAACACAAUCUCUUCAUGGUUCUAUUGGCUGUUGCAGCUUCAUCGAGGCAGACUGGGAUGACCGUUACCUGGAUGAUUUGGGAAUCAAGUUCAAGACGCUAGCAGAAAUAUGUAUAGGCCAAAAAAUAGAGACAGAUAGUGAAACUGGCCUCAGGCACAAACUUACCACCCCAGCUAGUGUGAAUACAGUUUCACAGUCAGUUUAUGAGCAGAAUACUCUUCAGGCAGAAAAGUCCCACUCCUCCUUCUCUGGCACCAGCUCCCAGGCUUCAAAGCCAGUGAGCAAGCCAACUUCAGAGACCUUGACUCAGGAAUUAGUCUCUGAAAGAUCUUUAUCAAACAGGCAAGAGCUGAAGGUGGUAAGACCCCUCCCCAAUCCAUUGCCUACCAGUAAUAUCGUCGUAACAGAAACCUCCUAUUCCACUGGCUCCACAUUACCACCAAGUACUCUGAUCCUCAAUGCCAAUCAACCGCAGAACCUCAUGGUCACAGAGAGGGUGUAUGCUCCUGCCUCUAGUUUGGUAGACCAGCAGUUUGUCCAGCAGCACACUAAUAAAAGCAAUGUAGUGGUCACCGAACACACGAUCCAGCCUAGUGGUGGCAUAGCCAGUGGUCUAGGAGGCAUUCAGGAUCUGCCCGAUUCACACUAUGUUGUCGUGAGGGAGAGAGAGAGGUUACUGGCCCCGAGCUCAAGCCUGCAGCCCAUUCAGAAUGUCCCCAGUUUAGCAGUAGGACAGAAUAUGACAGUAACAGAAAGAGUGCUCACACCUGCCUCGAAUCUGCAAGCCUCAAAGACUGUAGUUUCUGGAGCCGGGACGCUAAGCCCCUUGCAAAAUUUAGAUUUACAGGAAUCCGUUCCAUCCAAUUCUGCUGUGACCAUGUCUUCUACCAGAGUCACCAAGCAUAGCACUGUCCAGCAUUCUUAUUCAUAAAAUAAUAAUCAGCCCCUCCACUUGCAGCUAGCCAUUUUAUAUUUUCAAAGUGCCCAGCCCCUGGGUGAGUCCUGCUCACAGAACUGACACAGGUGUUCAGUCACUCAUAACUGGAAAACAGCUAGAUUGAGUUAGUGAGCAGAGGCCUGGAUGGCAGAGUCCUUUGUUUGCUUCUAGGCCUGUGUAACAGAAAUGCCUCUUGACCUACUAGGGUUAUGAAAAUGAUCGCGUCAAAUAAGUGACCUGAUAAUUCUUUUCAGUUCAAUUCAACAAACAUGUUUUAAGUGUCUUCUCUGUACAAGGCAUUGUGCUAUGUACUGAGGAUACAAAGAUAGGGGAAAAAACCAUCCCAGUUCUCAAGGAUCUUCAGUGUUCUACUGAGGGUAUUAGUAAUAAUUAUUAUUCUAACUAACAUUUAUAUAGUGCUUACUAUGCACCAGGCACUGUGCUAAGUGCUCA